UCAGCGUCAUAUUCGGCGUUGGCCAGGAAAAAUUUCAGUCGUUUUUUUGGAGAAAAUAAUUUUUGCUUAUAGUUUUUAAACGUGUUUAAAUAUUUAAUCAUGGAAAAGUGGAGAGUUUUCCAAGUAAUUAUGUAUAGUUACAAUGAAUGUUUUAAAAAUAUUAAAUGAAAUAUUCGUAAAUAAGUUUUGAAAAUUUCGCAAAAAUACGCAUGUGAAAAAAUUAGCUAUAAUAUCCGCCAUUGUGAAGUUGAACAACGAAGUAGAAAAAAAUAUCAAGAAGAACGAAGAAGAAGACGACGACAAAAAAGGCUGGCAGAAAAUAGAAGAAGCUUGGUUGGUGAUUGCGCACACGCGAAAAAUUGUGCAAAAUAAUAAAAAUUCAAUAAAACGUGAAAAAACUACUUAAUUUUUGUGAAAAAUAUGCAAAAUAAAACGUUGAAGUGAUAAAUAAUAUAAAUUCAGUGAAAUUUUUUGAAAAUCUGUGAAAUUAGUGCAUCAAAAACACGCGAGGAAAAUAACUGACAAUAAAAAGUGGGCAGGCAGCAGAACAGCAGUAGCAGAAUCGAAGCACCAUCACUAUACAUUAAAUAAAAAAGACAAGACAGAGGAGUCCCCCUGGUUAGAAAGAGGUGAAGAAGAGUAACGACAUCGACAUCUCAACUUACGACGUCUACUGCAGUAAAACGAUAACCGACCUACGUUGUCGUCGUUAACGUCUUUUGAAGAAUAAAACGAAGGAACAGGAGAAGAAGAAUCGCUUUACGGAUAUUGUUUCUUGACUCGGGAGGUGGAGAUCGUCGAACGUAACAUCUCUAUUGCCCCCAUAAACUCCCUCAUCCAUAGUCGGCAUCAUCUGUCUCUGCACAACGUUUCUCCUUCAACAAUAGUUUACUACAAAAAGAGACCCUCGCCAUUGUUUUACAAUUUAGUUCUUCAUAAACAAAAAAAUGUAUCCUGCACCGGUGCGGCACCCUUCGGCGGGGGGUCCACCACCACAGGGUCCUUUAAAGUUUACCAUAGUUGACACAUUGGAACGCAUUAAGGAGGAGUUUAACUUUUUGCAGGCUCAGUAUCACACAUUGAAACUUGAGUGCGAAAAAUUGGCAAAUGAAAAAACUGAAAUGCAACGUCAUUAUGUCAUGUAUUAUGAAAUGUCGUAUGGCUUGAACGUAGAAAUGCACAAACAGACGGAAAUUGCCAAACGUUUAAAUACUUUAAUCAAUCAAUUGCUGCCCUUUUUACAAGCUGAUCACCAACAACAAGUACUACAGGCUGUAGAACGUGCGAAACAGGUUACAAUGCAGGAUUUAAAUCUUAUUAUAGGGCAGCAACAUCAGCAAGGAAUGCAACAACUUAUUCAACAAAUACAUGUGCAGCAGGUACCAGGAGGUCCUCCACAACCAAUGGGUGCAUUGGGACCACUUGGCGGCCCAUUUGGCGCUUUAGGAGCUUCGAUGGGUUUACCACAUGGACCUCAAGGUUUACUUAAAGCACCCCCAGAACAUCAUAGACCUGAUAUAAAACCUGCAGGUCUGGAGGGUCCAGCCAGUGCCGAGGAAAGAUUGCGCAAUUCGGUUUCUCCAGCCGAUCGUGAAAAAUACCGAACGCGAUCACCUCUUGAUAUCGAAAAUGACUCUAAACGUCCCAAACAGGAAAAAUUGGAGGAUGAAGGAGAGAAAAGCGAUCAAGAUUUAGUCGUAGAUGUUGCAAAUGAAAUGGAAUCGCAUUCUCCACGUCCUAAUGGAGAGCACUUGUCUAUGGAAGGGCGUGAUCGAGAGAGUCUUAAUGGUGAACGAUUAGAUAAACCAGGCAGCAGUGGUGUCAAACCACCGACAGACAGGCCACCAUCACGUUCAGGCUCUAGUUCAUCACGGUCAACACCCAGCCUUAAAACAAAAGAUAUGGAAAAACCAGGAACUCCGGGUGCUAAAGCUCGCACUCCUACUCCAAAUGCAGCGCCACCAGCUCAGGGCGUUAAUCCCAAACAGAUGAUGCCACAAGGUGGUCCACCACCGGCUGGAUAUCCAGCUUCACCGUAUCAGCGUCCAGCUGAUCCUUACCAGAGACCACCCUCCGAUCCGGCUUAUGGUAGACCACCACCUCUACCCUAUGAUCCGCACGCGCACGUUCGAACCAAUGGCAUUCCACAUCCGACUGCGUUAACCGGUGGAAAGCCUGCGUACUCCUUCCAUAUGAAUGGUGAAGGAAGUCUACAGCCCGUUCCCUUUCCUCCUGAUGCCCUAGUGGGUGUAGGCAUACCGAGACAUGCCCGUCAGAUCAACACUUUAUCACAUGGCGAAGUUGUUUGCGCAGUCACUAUAUCCAAUCCCACAAAAUACGUUUAUACAGGAGGUAAAGGUUGUGUUAAGGUGUGGGACAUUUCACAGCCGGCCAACAAAAGUCCCAUUAGCCAACUGGACUGUCUGCAACGCGACAAUUAUAUACGUUCAGUGAAACUGUUGCCCGACGGACGCACUUUAAUUGUUGGAGGAGAAGCAUCAAAUCUAUCGAUAUGGGAUUUGGCCAGCCCAACACCUCGUAUAAAAGCUGAAUUGACAUCCUCAGCACCCGCAUGCUAUGCUCUGGCUAUUAGUCCCGAUUCGAAGGUGUGCUUUUCAUGUUGUAGCGAUGGUAACAUUGCAGUCUGGGACUUGCACAACGAAAUUCUAGUGCGUCAAUUUCAAGGUCAUACAGAUGGUGCUUCUUGCAUCGACAUUAGUCCGGACGGUUCUCGUCUUUGGACUGGCGGUCUAGACAAUACCGUCCGAUCAUGGGAUCUACGCGAGGGUCGCCAACUACAGCAACAUGAUUUCAGUUCACAGAUAUUCUCAUUAGGAUAUUGCCCAACAGGCGAUUGGUUGGCUGUUGGUAUGGAAAAUUCCCAUGUCGAAGUUCUACACGCUUCUAAACCUGACAAAUACCAACUGCACUUGCACGAAAGUUGUGUGUUAUCAUUACGUUUUGCCACAUGUGGCAAAUGGUUUGUCUCCACCGGUAAAGACAACUUACUCAAUGCCUGGCGAACACCCUAUGGCGCAAGUAUAUUCCAGUCCAAGGAAACAUCAUCGGUACUUAGCUGCGACAUAUCAACAGACGACAAGUACAUUGUGACGGGUUCCGGAGACAAAAAAGCCACAGUUUACGAAGUUAUCUAUUAAUGGGUUUUCGUACAUCUAUAUAUAUAUACAUACGCAUACAUACAUAUAGUUUUCAUAAGAAUCAUGCAAAAAUAUUGGUGGUUUUCAAUUAAAAUUGCUCGUUUUGUAUUAAUUUGUAUUUGCUUCCUUUUCCUCCUUGUUUUUUCUUUUCAUUUUUGUUGUUGUCAAAUGACAACGUUUUUGUUGUUAAAUUUGGAAUUCUUAUGUGAAACGGAAAGUUAAAAUUACGACCGACAGCUAUAGAAUUAAAUUUGAAUAAUAAAAAUAAAACAUCAACAAAUCAAUCAUGGGAUAUGAAUAAUUAAUAAUAAAAUACAUCCUUUUAUAAAACACAUUUACACCACACACAUAAAAAAAGUAUAAGCAUCAACAUAACAAACAACAACAACAUCUUGAUUAUAUAUAGAUAUUCUUUCUUAGAUUUAAGUAUUUAAUAAGUCUUUAAUAAACCUAAAAAACAAAAAAAAAA